AUGGAAAAAGAUUUCAGACCCAUUUCUUGCUGUACUGUAGUGUACAAAACCAUCACUAGAAUCAUCACUACUAGACUAUCUCACAUCUUUUCUAGUAUAAUCUCCCCUAGUCAUACUGCUUUUGUAAAGGGAAGAAAUAUUGUUAAUAAUACCUUACUAGCUCAGGAGAUUGUUAAAGGCUAUUCUAGGAAAAGUCUUUCUCCUAGAUGUGCCAUUAAGAUUGAUCUACAAAAAGCUUUUGACUCUAUGAAUUGGGACUUUCUGAUGGUUGUACUAGAGGCUGUAGGUCUUCAUGUGAAGUUUUGUAGUUGGAUAAGGGCAUGUGUUACUUCAUCUCAAUUUUCUGUUUCUUUGAAUGGUAGCCUUGUGGGUUAUUUUAGGGGUGCUAGAGAAGUUAGGAAGGGGGACCCAUUGUCCCCUUACCUCUUUGUCUUGGUUAUGAAUGUUCUUUCUUCCUUGCUGGAUGUCUAUGCAAAAAGGGGAAUCUUUAGGUACCACCCUAAGUGUAAGAGAAUUUCACUUACACACUUUUGCUUUACUGAUGAUCUAUUGGUGUUCUAUCAUGGUUCCAUGGAUGCUGUGAUGGGUGUUUUGAGUACCCUGGAGCUAAUUCAAUAUGGUAUGGGAUUUAGGGUUGGUAUACUCCCUGUUAAAUACCUUGGGAUACCUUUGGUGACCAGGAAGCUCACUAGUAAGGAUUGCUCUGCUUUGGUAACUAAGAUUAAAGAGAAGCUUUGUGAAGGUUCUCUUUGGAUCGCUUGGUUAAAUGCUUACUGUUUCAGGAUUGACGAUUUCUGGAAUGCCGGUUGUAAGUCUCAUUUUAGCUGGAUUAUAGUAAAGUUGUUCAAAAUGAGGAGUGAGGUUGUGAGACUAUUCUGUUCUAGUAGUAACUGGGAUCAAAUUAGAGCCAGCUGGUUAUGGGAUAAGGUUCGAAGCAGUAGUGAGAAGGUUCCCUGGCAUCGCCUUGUGUGGUUUCCUGGCCACAUUCCAAAAUUUUCACUGAUCUCUUGGAUGGCAAUCUUGGAUAGAUUACCUACUAAGGAUAGGUUAGCCAGGUUUGGUAUUGUUAUAGACAGUGUACCUACUGGUUGGAACGAUCUUCUGCACUGGUUAUUGCUGAACCUAAAAGGUAAAUCAUUGAUGGUGCAUAUCCUCAAGUUGGCUUGGACUGGCUUUAUCUACUGCAUUUGGGAGGAACAGAAUCGUAGACACUUUAGAGGGGUGCAUUGCUCGGUUGACACAGUUGUUGGUAGUGUUAAAGAAUCAGUGAGAAUUAAAUUGUUUAUGAGCUCUAUGAAUAGUCUAGAUACUGUAAAUAGGCAAUUGUGUAUAGAUUGGGGACUGAUAUAA